CUCUUCAAUGGGGAGAAAAGAAAGAUGGCAAAAAGUUUCCAAAAAGAUACACCAAACAACACUCCUAAUUCAACCUUUGGUUCAUGCUUUCCCACACCAAGUCUAAAUAUGAACCAGCUUGGAAGAGAAAAUUGAACGAAUUCUCCUCAUGUGAUAGGCAUAACAAAUUAACUGCCCCAUACAAGAUAUAAAUUUGUGCUUUUAUCAGACUCCAACUUUCAUUGAAUUUGGAUCUAGCCAUUACUUUGUCCACCUUCUUCUUCUUCAUCCAUCACACAGCCAGUUAUAUCGAUCAAUUCAAUAACCCCAUGAGUUUCUUGAAAUAUCCUCUGUAUUAUCAAGAGCAACCCCCAAAAGAAGAAUACAAUAUAUACGAAACUAUCAAAUGCUUGCCUCUUCUUAGCAGAUUCAAAGAGGAAAAAACAGUGAAAUAUGAAGAAGAAGAUGAAGAUGGUGAUGGAGCGAAAAAGGAGGAAAAGAUGGAAAAAGUGACAGUGUCUCUUCACAUAGGGUUGCCUAAUAUGGGAGCUAAUUUCGAUACUGAAACUAAACCCUACAGUUUUAAAGAGAAAAAUGAAAAGAAGAGCUCUACUGCUUGCGGUUUCAACAGUAGUGAUCAGAGGAGAUUUUGGAUCCCAACACCAGCACAGAUUCUUGUUGGACCUAUGCAGUUUUCUUGUAACAUAUGCAACAAGACCUUCAAUAGGUACAACAACAUGCAGAUGCACAUGUGGGGGCAUGGUUCUGAAUAUAGGAAAGGACCGGAAUCUCUGAGAGGAACACAACCAGCAGCAAUGCUGAGGCUUCCCUGCUACUGUUGUGCUCAAGGCUGCAAGAACAACAUCAACCAUCCUCGUGCAAAGCCGUUGAAGGACUUCAGAACACUUCAGAGUCACUACAAAAGAAAGCACGGGACCAAGCCAUUUAUGUGCAGAAAAUGUGCAAAAUCUUUUGCAGUCAAAGGAGAUUGGAGGACACACGAGAAAAACUGUGGAAAACUAUGGUACUGCACCUGUGGCUCUGAUUUUAAACAUAAAAGAUCACUCAAGGACCAUGUUAGAUCUUUUGGGAAGGGUCACUCUCCAUAUCCUUCUCUUGAAGGGUUUGAAGAUGAAAAAGAAUGUGUUACUGGUGGCUCUGAAGAUGAAAAUGCAUGAGAAUUAUGAUACUUUAAAUUGUCCAUGUUGUGUUGUGUCCGUUUUCUACAGACAUUCUACGUGUGAGUUGCAGGAUUCGCCCACGGCUGUGCACAGUAACAAACAAUUUUCUACCCUAUAGAUAGUUGCAGGAAGUGUGUAGGGAUGGUUUGAUCGGGGAGCACUAGCUAGGUGGUGAUGGUUUUUGAUUUGUAUUUGGAAUAAGGAGAUUACGAUGAAGUCAUGAAGCAGAUGAAUUUUCUUCUAUGUUGGCGCAGAAAAUUUGUCGGCUUCAUUGCUGUCUUGUGAUCUCAACGGGUCUAAUGUAUUACGUUUUAAUCAUUAAUGUAUCAUUGCGGCUCUCUUUUCCGUUCUUAAAAACA